AAGUCGCAUAUUUAAUUGGUCAUGAUCCAAAACAAAAGAAGUUUAAACUUUCAUAUUUCUUAAUAGAGGUAGUAAUAAUGGUCCUAACUUGAAGUUAAAAUAUGGAAUCUCCUCAAGGAUUUGUAGAGGAGAUAGACACUGUUGAAUUAUCAUUUUACGAGAUUGUUGGGAAAGGAGCAUUUGGUGUUGUAAGUAGAGCCAAAUGGCGAGCUAAAGAUGUUGCCGUGAAGAUUAUAGAGACAGAGUCAGAGAGGAAAGCUUUUCUUACAGAGCUUAAACAAUUAUCCAGAGUUAAUCAUCCUAACAUAGUGAAGUUAUAUGGAGCAUGUACAAGGGCACCGGUAUGUUUGGUGAUGGAAUAUGCAGAAGGAGGCUCAUUAUAUAAUGUAUUACAUGGUGUGGGUCCACAGCCUACCUACACUGCAGCUCAUGCCAUGAGCUGGGCACUCCAGUGUUCUAAAGGGGUGGAGUAUCUACACAGUAUGAAACCUAAAGCUCUUAUACACAGGGAUCUGAAACCUCCAAAUUUACUGUUAAUUAUGGGUGGUACAGUAUUAAAGAUAUGUGAUUUUGGUACUGCAUGUGAUAUACAGACUCAUAUGACAAACAACAAAGGUAGUGCUGCAUGGAUGGCUCCAGAAGUCUUUGAAGGGAGUAACUACAGUGAGAAAUGUGAUGUGUUCAGUUGGGGUAUUAUACUGUGGGAGGUGUUCACAAGAAGAAAACCAUUUGAUGAGAUUGGUGGGCCCGCUUUCAGGAUCAUGUGGGCAGUACAUAAUGGUACAAGACCACCUUUGAUAAGGAAUUUACCAAAAGCUUUAGAGUUGUUGAUGACAAGAUCCUGGUCAAGUAAUCCUGCAGAGAGACCGUCCAUGGCAGAGGUUGUGAGAAUAAUGUCACAUCUUUUCCAGUUUUUUUCUGGAGCUGAUGAACCCCUUGUCUACCCGGCCUACAGUGAUGAUGAAUCUAUGGACUACACAUUUAAUUCUCCAAUGCCAACUGGUACGCAGUUUACUGGUCCCCCCAGUACUGUGAGUACCAACAACCUGCCACAGGCUACUGGUGGUGAGUCUCGUACCAGCACUAUUAGUGAGACAGUGCGGCAUAGUGGUGACUAUAUACCCCAGUUACCACAUACGCCUCACACACCACAGAGGACAGUUACUCCUAUAGUCACUGAGGAGGAAAGUCGCAGUCAACGGAGUGCUCCCCCUUCCCUGGCUGCAAGUAGGGAAAGCCUGAUAGGAAUACAGAGUCCGCGAUCUGGUACACCAGUUGAUCAUCAGCAAAAAAGGUACUCUGCUGAUCUUACCAAUCUUCAAGAGUAUGACAUCAUGUCUCAAGGAGUGGGCAUACAUCCUAAAGUGUUGGGACAUCGUCGCUCAGGCUCAUAUGGGUCUCCAACAUAUAUAUUUCAAACUGGAGCCUUACCAAAUAAUCCCAUGAUGCAUCAGAAAGGUAGAGGUCAUAGGCGGAUAGGUUCUGAUGGUUAUUCGGAGAUUAAUAUGGCUCCGCCUCCAUCCACAGUCAGCAUACAGAAGUCUCCCCCGGCAACCAUACAUCAUGUCAGUACCUACCCUGGAUCUAUACAUAGUGGAUCAAGGGAGACCACUCCUACACCAAAUACAGGAAGUUUAAGUGCCUCUAGAGAAAACACACCACCAUACAGGUCAGUGUCCUACAAUCCCCCAGCUGGUAGUGACACUGGCAAUAAACCAACUGUACGGUCAGCCUCUUGGACAUCUGAGGCCCCUGUGAUGCCACCACUCAGUGUUAAUGUUAACCUUGGUCCUGCUACUGGUACGACAUAUGCAGGAUCUGGAGUGAGUCAUAUCCUGUCUAACCCAUUGUCUAAUCAAGCCAUGUCUCUUGUAUAUCAGUCAUUGGAUCAUCAAUAUCAGCCUAUAGCACCUUGCCCCAACAGUAGUGAAUCUAUGGACAUAUUUCACAAACACUGUAAGCUUGCCCAGCAAUACUUGAAGUACCAGACUGAGAUAGCCAUGUUUGAACAAACACGUCAUGAACUACGUAGAGAGCUAGAAGAUGAAGUUAUGAAUCAUCAGAAUCAUCAGAGUACAGCUCAACUCACGGAGGAAUACCUCAAACUCUCCAACGAAAACGAAAGUUUGAAAAUAUUUCAUAAGAAUUUAACAAUGCAGCUUGAACAUAUCAGAAAGAAACAGCAGCACACAGAAAGGCAUGUUGCCAGCUGAAACUGGCAUGAACGUAAAGUGGUUAAUAAUUGACAGUGUGACACUGGUAGUCAAAAUGUGACAGUGUAAUACCGGCAGUCAAAAUGUGACAGUGUGACAGUCAAAAUGUGACAGUGUGACAGUCAAAAUGUGACAGUGUAAUACUGGCAGUCAAAAUGUGACAGUAUGGUCAAAUAUGACAGCGUGAUACUUCAUAUGUGACAGUGUGAUGGUAUAUAUGUGACAGGGUGAUAGUAUGUUUGUGACAGUGUUAACCAAUAUCUGACAGUGUGAUAUUCACUAAUAUAUAUAUGUUUAAUAUUUCCAUAGUAUUUUGAAUGCAAUGUACCAGAGAGAUAAGAAAUUUUGAAUAUUAAAUUUUGUUUAAGAAUAGCAAGAUCUCAAAACAUAAAAUUACUGAUUGUAUUAUAUAUAGGAGAACAUUCAGACUACAGAUGCUGUCACAUUUGAAGGGUUAUAAAAGGCAUAAAAAGCUUGUAAAAAUGUAAAUACAGAUACUGUCUGGCUAUAUUCAAAGUGUUUUUUAGCUACCAUUGACAUGAAAAUAUAAUUUUAUCUUGGAUAACAAUGAGCUUAUUGUGUCCCCAUAAACUUUUUGUCAUCUCAGAUUUCACUUAGAAGUAUGAUUCUUGAAUAUUUUCUGUUUGAAUUAAAUAACCAGUAAUAGUUGGAAUAAUUAAGAGAUUAAUGGAUGGCUAAAUUUUCAUCUUAAUGGAUGUUUAUUUUGUGUAUUAUUGGUAUAAAUGAAUUUUAUCAUUUUUAAUGCUUAGUUUUUAUAUACAAAAAUGCUUGAUUAUUUACCAAAUACAAUGUGCAUGUACAAUACAUUUUAUAUUUAAAAUUCCUUAAUUAUAUAAACUAGCAAAAACGGUAUCCAAAUUUUAUUGGAAAUUGACUGUGUCAAUUUAAUAAAUACCAAUCAUAUUAAAAUUUUGUAUUAAAUUAUGAAAAAAG